GGCCGCGCUCGGCCGCGCUCGGGCGCGAGGCGCGAUAGUGUUGCGCAGACGUCCGCAGUCGCCGCACGUGUCCGCGCCUGCCAGCUGCUCGCAGUCCCGCUACGCGCUCCGCUCAGAUGCAACCAUGAAGCGAGGGUCCCUGUGGAACUUUCCGGCACUCUUGUUGCUGUUGCUUUCCUCGGCCACUCUCUGCCGCUGCAGCGAUUCCAGAGAAGAAGAGGAAUCGUGUCCCUCAGAGUGUACAUGCAAUUCGUACGGAGCUCUAGGACUGAAAGUUAAAUGCAACGACUUCCAUCGAGAGCAAUGGUUUGACCAUGCUGUGUCUCAGCUUGACAUUUCCAACACUCUAGGCAACAGGUCAUUUGUCCUUGAAGACGACAUAUUUUCUCGAGUUCAGUUGAAAAAUGUCAACAUCAUUAAAAUUACACACACCGGGUUACAAAACGUAAGCCAGCAUGCUUUCAGGAAUUUGUUAAUGCUAAACGUUUUAAACCUGUCAAUGAACCAUUUGCAGCACAUUCAUCCGGACACAUUUGUUACCAACAAGCAACUAAGAACUCUGUCGUUGAGGGGAAACCCGCUGUCAGUACCAAAAGAUCAGAAGACUGUAUUUUUGAAUAUGUCAACUUUAACAUUUUUAGAUAUUUCACAAUGCGGGAUAACUGAGUUGCCGAACUCGACAUUUGCACAUUUACAAAUGCUAGAAGUUUUGCUUCUCGCUUCAAAUAAUAUAAAAAGUAUUGAUAACGGCACAUUUUCUGGGCUUGACAUGUUGCAAGAUCUUGACCUGUCUGAUAAUAAUAUUCGGAUACUUAAUCCUCAUGCAUUUGACAGCAAUACAGAGCUAACAGCUCUUUAUUUGAACAGCAAUCCUUUAACAUCUUUGGAAGGUAUAAGUAUUCCCCACUUACUCCAUUUGGAAAUGAUUGACACUAGGUUAACUACAAUAAGUGAAAAAACAUUCCUUGGAUUUCCUAAUAUUGUCAACCUUAACCUCAUGGGCAACAGAAUUACAUCAAUUCAUGAAAAGGCGUUUGAAAACAUGCCAGAACUUUUGUACGUUGAUUUAUCCAGAAACUACCUUAAAGGUCCCCUUAAUGGUAAUUUAUUUAUGAAGAACUUCAAGCUGGAGACCCUGUCUCUUUCAGAUAAUCCAAACAUGAAAAGUUUACCAGGAUCCGGGUUUCAAGGUAUGUUCAGCGAAUUUUACAAGUUAGAUCUUCAUAACUGUGGCAUAAUUUCUCUAGACAGGAAUAGUUUCAGAGGCAUGGAUCACCUCACAGCGCUAAAUUUGAGCUCGAAUGGUUUGGAAGAAAUUAGGUCUGGAAUAUUGCCUGAAAGUCUGUAUUUUUUGGACCUAUCUCACAACCUUAUCUCAAACCUCGAUCUUAUAAAGUUUCCGCGUGAAACAAUGAUUCGAAAACUAAUUUUAAAAGGAAACCCAGUAGAGAAACUUAACCCAAUAACACUUUCGAACUUACAGUACAUGACGUUCUUGGAUGUUAGUUCUUGUGAUAUCGAAAGAAUAUGGGACGGUCACAUUCCAGAGCAGAUGUUCCCAAGACUAGAAACAUUGAUGUUGGCAAAUAACAACAUAAAAUCGCUAACUUCCGGUGAACUCGAAAUGAUUGGCAAUUUAAGGGAGCUGGACCUAAUUAACAAUCCGAUGAAAUGCGACAAGACUUUUAGCGCGCUUAUCAACUGGUUGAAAGAAAGAGAUAUUUCUGCAAUCAGUUUGCCAUUUGACGCGCGAGUUUCAGGCUCCGUCGAAAAUUCUGCUGAAGAUAUCCCUUAUGAUAUUGAUGAACUAAACGAUGAUGAUUUGGGAUGGGACCAGUUUGUGAAACAAACAUGCUCUGCCAGUCCCAAACCAGCCAAAACUACAAAACAGCUCGACGAAUCACUGGAUCCAGCUACCCAAGUGUUCCACAUAUAUCCUACCAAGACCAGUAGAGACAAAAUUUCGGCCCAAUAUUCGGUGACAAACCUUCCGAGUCAAAUAACAGGCGCUGGCCCUGUUUACAAACAGAUCAUCCAAAGUGACAGUGGUAUCCGCAUAUGGGUUGUGAUUCUAACCACGCUGGUGACCAUAGCUAUUACAAUCGCUCUGGUUAUUGCACUUAUCGUGCUAAUGCGUUGGAUGCGUCAACGGGAAAUAUACAAUCGCAACUCCAAACUAAAGAGAACGAUUUCGUCCCAUAGACUGAAGAAGCAGGUAUCGAGCUACGAACAACUACACGAGGAUUUCAACGCCCCUACGACUCCGAUGAUGUCCAGGGUUGUUGAAGAUGAUCUAACAGAUGUCCACAAACCAGAGAUCAGGGAAAAGCAACCACGCGUUGUUUCGCAAAUAACGUACUUGAGCAGCAAAUUUCAUCACUCUAACAUCGUACCGCAGAGUGUGUGAGUAAGAUGUAAAUAGUCUGCCAAGCUUUACUUUAAAAUACUGUAUUUCAGGAAGGGAAUUCUUAAAUACAGUGCCGUAGGAAUUGAAAAAAAAAAGCAUUCAGUUGCUUUUGCCAAGAAGUCAAAACAUAAUCACACUCAUGAUAUACCUAAUAUAAUAGUACCUAUGUGUCACAUAUAUGUCACUAAAGUAUGUUCGAAAGAUUUUAGUUAAUUUCGUAAGUGCAAAUUUGCAAAAAUCAUUUGCGACUAAUGACAACUUAGCAUGACAUAAGUGAGCACUUUGUGCUUCCUAGUGAUCUUGCCACAGGAAAAUGUAUUUUUUUUUUCCUGUAUAACAGAUGCAACCUCUUGCGCAGUAAAAGAGAUUUAUAUUGUAGUCCUCAUAAAGAUAAAUCUUGUUUUAGAAAGCGUAACACCUUUCAAGACUUAAAUCAAUUAUUUUCAUUUUUUUUCAUUCCAAGACAUUACAUAAAAUUAAAAUGUUAACACUGUUCUGUGGUUGAUUUCUAGUUUUAUCCGCAUAUAAUUAAAAACAAAGGUAUUUUAUUUUAUUUCAAUUUUACCAGUAUUUUUACGCUUAUAUAAAUUUUAUUUUAGUGAAAAGCUAACUAUAAAUGUUUUAUGAGACUCGAAGGUUAAUGACGCUUGUAAAAAUUGUGUUUACUUACAUUUUUAUAUACUGCAGCUAUGAUAAACUAAUUGUUUACUGUUGUACAAUAAUACUGGCGUGAAAGUUUGAGUUGUGGCAACAUUAGGGGGAAUUGAAGCGAGAAAAAAAAUAAAUAAAAAGUAUAUUUUUCUCUGUUACCUGAAUUGAAAAAAAAAAUAGAGAUUUACAGUGGGAAAAUUAAAAAAUAUAUAUGUAGACACGAUAGUUGUGAUAUUCGCACAUAAAUGUUUAUGUUGCAGUACUUAAUAACUUGCGAAUUCUGACGCAUUGGAAAUGUGUAUGCUAAUUUGUAAAAUGUUUUGUAUGAUUUCUGUUUAUGUAUGAUGUUUAAAUAUUCUGUAAAUUGUUUGUCUUGUAAAAAUUUGGGGGAGAUAUGGAAGAAUAUUAGGCAGCAGCAUUAAUAUUAGAGUGUUGUUAUCAGACAAAUUAGUAAAUAUUAUAUGCUUAAAUAUUUAGUGUAUUCCUUGCAACAUUAUAUUUCUUUGCUGUUGUGUGAGUAUUUUGUAAUGUCGUUAUAGAGGUGUAAAUUGUGUUUGUUGAUUCACUUAAUAUGUUUGUCUUGAAAUUAAACAUGUAUUUUGUUUACCAUCA